AUGAAGGUGGUUGGGUUAGUAUCGGGAGGGAAGGAUAGUUGUUACAGCUUGAUGGUGUGUAUGAGGAAUGGACACGAUAUUACAUGCCUUGCUAAUCUGCAUCCACCGAGCGAUGAUGAGGAGGAGAUGGAUAGUUACAUGUAUCAGUGUGUUGCCCACAAGGGAGUUCAGCUGUACAGUGAGGCAUGUGGCCUUCCGCUUUAUCGACGCGAAAUACGAGGAAGACCGAUAAAAACGGGUAUUUUUUAUGAAGAGGAAAAUAAUGAUGAAGUGGAGGAUCUAUAUGAGUUGCUUGCGUUCAUUAAGCAAAAACAUCCUGAUAUUGAGGCUGUUUCGAGCGGUGCUAUCCUAAGUAGCUACCAGAAAAAUCGUAUUCAAAAUGUAUGCAGAAGAUUGAAUUUGGAGCCAUUAACUUACUUGUGGAACGCAGAUCAAGCAGUUCUGUUCGAUGAAAUCAUUUCGUCUGGGAUUGAAGCAAUUAUUGUUAAAGUGGCUGCACUGGGUCUAUCGACAAGGCAUCUUGGGAAAUCUUUACGCGAGAUGAAAAACCUUCUGCUGGAUCUCAGUAGCCGAUACGGUGUUCAUAUAUGUGGCGAGGGAGGUGAAUAUGAGACGUUCGUUGUGAAUUGCCCAUUUUUUACGAAGCGGAUUGUUGUAGACGAAACAAAAAUUGUGGAACAUUCUGUAAAUGAUUUUGCCGCUGUGGCUUAUCUUUCUCUUUCCAAAUUACAUCUUGAAAAUAAAUGA